AUGCAGGUCAAUCUUGAACAUGGAACAGACCUCCCCCUGCCACCGCCGAAGCCGUUUGUUGGACGACAACAACAGCAACAGCACAACCACCAACAACGAGAAGAAUCGCAGCAACAUCACCGAAAUCUUCAUCUCCCGCCUUCCGAUCAACCGGUGGGACACAAUUCCUUCCACCGGCCGACGGAAGUCAGGGUGCCCCCGCGAGACGUCUCUGACACCCCUCGGAAACACGAUAGCACCGCCAGUAGCGGCAGUCGAACUGAGGAAGACGACUGCCAAGAACACAACGACGGUUACACCGAUGAAAACGACGGCACCGGGCAUGCGAAUGGCAGCGAAAUUUCGAUCAGAAAAAUCGCCAACAGCGACGCCACCACAGCAGGAGGAGGAAGCAACACCAGUGACACACGUAGCGGGUCUGCGGUCGAAGCCACUGACAGGGGCUUGGCGGUUGGAAUGGCAGCGGGUGUGGAGAUCGACAAUCGCGUCGAUGCUUGGACGGGCACGGACGAGGACGAGGGCGAUCAACACGAACACGUGCAACUUAUUUCCCACCUUCUGGAAAGGUUUGAGGUGCUCUACAGGCAGAGCCGGCUCGAAGAAGCCGCAGUCACCUCGCAACAGGCGCUUCGCCUCAUGGAGGAAAUGAGGAGCAAGAGGAGAGAGAAAGUCGCCGCAGCCGCCCCUACGGAACACAAGAGCGCGGAAAAUAUGGCUGUCCGGGCAGAAAUACCAGACAAUGGCGGGGCGAACGAGAAUAUGUCCGGCUGGGUAGCAGACGACAAGGAACGGGUUGUCAACAAUGAGGGCGGGAGUGGGUGGGGGGAAUCAAGGAGACUCCCAGAGGAAAUUGUGAAUCGUGAGCACGUCAGCGUAAGCUCUGGGGGCGAGCGAGGUUCUGACGAAAUUGUGCGCUUAGAGGUGGAGAAAGCGUCGGAGAAAGCGUCGGCGGAAGCAUCGGUCAUUGCCCGCGUGAUGAACGACCUAGGGUGUACGCUUCAACAGCUGGAAGAGGCGGAGGUGUGGCUCCGUGAGGCGCUACGGCUAUCCCCGUUAGACCAGAGAGACCUAGCCCUUGCCAGUCUGGUGCAGCUCAUCCAAGGAGGGAGCGGCCGGCGUAAAGAAGCCGUCGACCUCAUCGUAAGGGAGACGUCAAUGCCCCCUUUACAUCAAGGAGGAACAGUCAUCGCAGUUUUAUCCCUCCUGCAGCCGCGACCGAUACACCGACACGUGUUUCGUAAGCUGGAGGAGCGAGAGGGUCGGUCGAAGGUGUUUGCACGCCCCCUCGGGCUUUGGGAAGAGACGAAACGGCUGCGAGAAGUGUACCCUCUCUCGACCAAUGUUCUCGUCACUCUCCUGGGGUUCUCUAGGAAGUUGGGCGGUGCUCUUGAUGUGUUGCGGGACGUGGCAGCCAUGGAACCUCUCUUCUCGCCGGAGGAUGAAAAGUCUCUUUUACCGAGAGAACUGCACACCAACCAGCAGGAGCACCACCGGCCGUACGACCGUCACUCGGUCCAUAUGAUCACGCAAUACUACGUACCCGAGGAUCCCCACCGUGCUCGCGAGAUUGAUGUGUGCUUGUUGCGCAAUGUUCAGAACCCUCUCAUUGGGACGGUUCACAUUUUCACAGACCACCCGGACGCGGUACGGCAACCCCGCGCAACCACGGGGACCAUCUUGGAGUCACGGUCAUCUGCCGAAACCUCACAACAUGGUCCGUCUCUCCAUCGCCACAACAAUGAACGUGGAAGCCAUGACACGGACACCUCCUGGGCAGAAACCGACUGGAGACCGCCGGUUUUAAGAGGGCUCAACACUACGCUAGCGGGGAAAGUACGGGUAGUGAGUACGUUGAAUGACCGACGGAUGACGUUCCGAGAUGCGUUUCGAUACUCCAACGUAGUCCUCGAUGGCCAGGUGGUGCUGCUGUCGAACUCAGACAUCAUGUUCGACGAAUCUCUGGCAAGACUGGGAGACCCCUCGACUCUGGACAUGGCCAAUAAGGUAUUCGCCUUGGCCGUAUGGCAGAACCAUCCAAGAGAGGGGCCUGGCGAUGAUUAUCCCAACACUGACCAUGGCGAACCCAAUAUCGAAGAUCCCGGCGCGACGUAUGGUACCAUGAUUGGAGACCUCGAGUUCACACCGAGAACAGACAGCCAGGAUUCCUGGAUAUUCCGAUCUCCGUUACCGCCCGCAGUCGCUGAUGCCGCCAGUUUUGAGAUGGGCAGGCCACGGUACGUCGCUCGACUAAAUUUGUUGUGCAGAGGUUGA